AUGGACGUUAAUGUGGGUGCCGGGACUAGCCGAGAAAAGCUUAGACAAUCCUGGCACAUCAAUGAUCAAUCAUCACCAAGAACUCAACUCUCAACGUGCCCAUCUCAUACGAAAUGUCCCACAACGCCACGCCACAACGACAACGGAUUCGACGCUGCGACGGGAUGUGAUUUUCAACUACAAGUGGUCACCGCAGGAGAACCUCGAGAGGGGCAUGGUCGUGACGUUGCGGUAUGGAUGGUCUUUGCGAGCUUCACCUUUUUCGUGCGGGAUGGAAGAACGAAGGAACCUAAGCUGACACUGGGACUCAGGAGUCCUAUGCAUCCUGAAAGCAUUGCGAUAAAAAGAGUCGUCGCGCUGGAAAACGACGUGGUGCAGACCAAGGCGCCGCAUCCGAUGCCGACAGUGAGGGUGCCGCAAGGCCAUGUGUGGGUCGAGGGCGAUGGACCGCCAGGGUCGAGCCUGGACAGCAACACGUAUGGCCCGGUCUCGAAGCAGCUCCUGACGGGCAGGGUGACGUACGUUGUGUAUCCGUUCCGCAAGCUGGGUACGUUGCGGUGGUGGGAGCAUCCUGCGGCGGCCGACAGAGUGAAGCGCAGCGAGAUUUCUGAAUGA